CUCCGCUGUCGGGUCUGCGGGUUGUAUUUUGCAGCUUCUGUAAACAUUCCGAGACACCCUGGUGACCAAUGACUGCCAAUCAUCACUCCGGAAGCCCCGACGACGUGUUUGUGAUAUACAAUGCCAGCUGGGAUGAUGUUUGAUGAAUCUCCAAGCACGUCGAUCAAAACAGGGUCCCAGUCGGUUACAACUCCUUUACUUUGAUCCGAUACGUCACUUGAUAACGCCACAGAGCGUCCCCGCUAUCGACAUUCAACGGCUUAGGUUUAUCCUGCUAGGGUCAUGGAAGAGUGUUGCCGUAUUCAGUCGGUCUAAAACCACAGGGUUACAUGGUUGUCAAUUGCCGGACACAGCUUCGUAUCCAACCUGUGUCUAGACCGGCGGCGGAGACGACGACAGUUGCAAUUGACUCCAAGAACCUUUGUCGUCAUUGGCCGCAAGUCUGGAGAGGGGGCGGGCAGUAUCCAGGUCAACAACCUUCACGCCGUGCCCAGAUCCUUCGGAUCUUUGGGUCGUGGAUCGAUCGUGGCCGCCAGCCUAUGCGACGAGGCCGCAACAACACGCCUUCCCCCACACCCCACAAAAUCAAUGAUGGCCGUAUCUACGAUGCAACGCCAUCCCGUAUCAUUGACUUGGUGUGGUUGCCCUUGACGCGGCCUGACAACCUCGGUGUCCGAGAGUGCAACAGUUUUCGCAUUGGGAUAAGGGUGGGGGGAUCAGCACGGCAACAAGGGACUGUUUCAAGAGCCCCAGAAAAUCUCCGAAGUCUCUGUGGAGGAGAGCCGCCCUGUGACGUGAUGCCAAUUCGCACUUUUGGGUUUACUCAGCCGGGCUGUUGCUUUGCCGCUGUUGGCAGUGUUGCUGAAGCUCGCCGGUUGCAUCGUCUGCAAGCCAAGCAACCGGAAGGGCCGGUCUCAUGGUGAAGUGGCGCGACGAGGCAGGCUGAGGAGACGCUGUGCGACUGCUAAGCAAGACUGCCGACAUGGAGAUGGCGCGUCAUUGUGUUUGUGGUGUGCA